GCCGCCGCCACCAACAACAACAACGACAACAACAGCAACAAUGACCAGCCACGUCGACGCGGCCGCGACGACGCUGACGAUACCCACCGUCGCCGCCAACCACAACAGCAGCGUCACAGCAGCAGCAGCAUCAUUAUCCUCGACGAACGGCACCGUCAACGUCACCGCGGCGGCCCUCUACGACGUCCCCGGCGGCAUCAUAGCCCUCCUGGCGAUCUUCUACGGCACUAUCUCGCUCAUCGCCGUACUGGGCAACACGGCCGUGAUGAUCGUCGUCGCUCGCAACAAGCGCAUGCAGACGGUGACGAACUUCUUCAUCGCCAACCUCGCCUCGGCCGACAUCGUCAUCGGAAUCUUCUCGAUCCCCUUCCAGUUCCAGGCGGCGCUGCUCCAGCGCUGGAUCCUUCCCUACUUCAUGUGCAAGCUGGCGCCGUUCGUGCAGACGCUCAGCGUCACCGUCAGCGUCGUGACGCUGACGGCGAUCGCCCUGGAUCGCUACGUCGCCGUGCUCUACCCGCUGCGUCCGCGCAUGACGCGCUUCACCGCGAAAUGUCUCAUCGCGUUCAUCUGGCUCGUCGGGCUAGCGUCGGCCGUGCCGACGCUGUUCAUGCUACACGUGACGCAAGUUCCGGACGAGCGGCGCGGCGGCAUGAAGUCGUUCUGCUGGCCGCAGUGGACGGAGCGCGUGACGCGAGACUACACGAUCUACUUGCUCGUGCUGCAGUACUUCGCCCCUCUGCUGCUGAUCACGUCCGCCUAUCUGCGCAUCGGUUACCGCGUGUGGGGAAACCAGACACCCGGCAACGCACAGGACGCGCGAGACGAGGCAAUCAACAGGAACAAGAAGAAG